UUGGCUCUUAAAGUUCUCGGCAAUGCUGGUCAUCCUGCUAGUCUUAAACCCAUCAUGAAGCUCCUACCUGGACUGAGAACUGCAGCUACUUCUCUGCCCCUUAGGAUACAGGUUGAUGCCAUCUUGGCCCUGAGGAACAUUGCCAAGAAAGAGCCCAAACUUGUUCAGCCAGUGGCCCUACAGCUUGUAUUGGACAGAGCUCUCCACCCAGAAGUGCGCAUGGUUGCUUGUAUUGUGUUGUUUGAGACC